ACCCUAACAAGAUGGGCCGCCGGCUGCCGACCAAUCAGCGGCGCCGACCUCACCUGCCCUCACCAAGAUGGCCGCCCGCUGGUCCCGGUCCCGGUUCCGCCCCGGGCCGAGUCUCCCCAUCGACCGCAUGAAGAUGGCGGCGGAGAAGCGGCAGUUGGUGGCGUCGCUGCCGACGGACCUGAGGGUUUAGGAGCCGUUGCUGUGGACGGAGAGACGGGAACGUGAGCGGCCAUUGAGGGCGGCCGGGGUGCCGGUAGGCCCCCCCCCAUCUGCUCGGUGUGCGGGCUGAGCUUCGAAGGGGCUGAGCUUCGAUGUUGGACCACAUGACGGGGCACAACAAGGAGAAGCGUUAUGAGUGCGACGUGUGUGGCAAAGCCUGGCAGACCCCGAGUGAGCUGGAGACCCACCGGCGGGUGCACACGGGAGAACGCCCCUUUGACUGCUCAGAGUGCGGCAAGAGCUGCACCAACCUGCUGCGGCACAACUGCGUGCACUCUGGCGAGAGGCCCUUCACCUGCUCCCACUGCGGCAAGAGCUUCAAGAAGUUGAAUAACCUGAAGACGCACCACCGGGUGCACACGGGCGAGAAGCCCUAUGGCUGCUCCACCUGCGGCAAGAGCUUUGCUCGGUUGAUGGCGCUGCAGGAACACCGGCGGGUGCACACGGGCGAGAAGCCCUAUGGCUGCUCCACCUGCGGCAAGAGCUUUGCCCGGUCGACGGGGCUAUUGCAGCACCGGCGGGUGCACAGCAGUGAGCGCCCCUUCACCUGCUCCGACUGCGGCAAAGGCUUCAAGUCGUCUACGCAACUGCUGAUGCAUAGGCGCAUGCACACCGGGGAGCGGCCCUACACCUGCAACGACUGCGGCAAGGAUUUCACCCAGUCGUCGGGGCUGCUGCAUCACCGGCGGGUGCACAGUAGUGAGCGGCCCUUCAUCUGCUCCGACUGCGGCAAAGGCUUUAAGUCGUCCACGGGCCUGAAGUCGCACAGGCGCCUGCACACCGGGGAGCGGCCCUACACCUGUUCCGACUGCGGCAAGGGCUUCACCCGCUCCAGCAACCUGCUGGAGCACCAGCGCAUCCAUACCAGCGAGCGUCCCUACACCUGCAGCGACUGCGGCAAGGGCUUCACGCACUCUACCAGCCUGCUGCAGCACCAGUGCACCCACACUGGCGAGCGCCCCUUCACCUGCGCCCAGUGCGGCAAGGGCUUCACCCAGUCCAGCAACUUGCUGUCCCACCAGCGCACCCACACUGGCGAGCGGCCCUUCACCUGUGCCCAGUGCGGCAAGGUCUUCACCCAGUCCAGCAACCUGCUGCAGCACCAGCGCACCCACACUGGCAAGCGCCCCUUCACCUGCACUCAGUGCGGCAAGGGCUUCACCAUCUCCACCAGGCUGCUGGAGCACCAGUCCACCCACACCGGCGAGUGUCCCUUCACCUGCGCCCAGUGCGGCAAGGGCUUCACCCGCUCCACCAGACUGCUGUCCCACCAGCGGGUGCACGCCGGCGACCGUCCCUUCCCCAGCCCGGUGUGUGGAGAGCGCUUUGUCAGGGACUCCCAUGCCUUGUCUCACACGCGCGUGCACACCAGUGGCCAGCCCUACGACUGCCCGUACUGCGGUGAGGCAUUUGACAGCUCACGGGGGUUGCGGCAGCACCGGCGGACCCACGCCGGCGAGCGGCUGCUCCCACUGCAUCAAGCGUUUCAAGAGAGCAUGGGGGCUGCCGGAACACCAUCAGAUACACACCAGAGAGAAACCCUUUGUGUGCACUGAGUGUGGCAAGUGUUUCACCCGCAUGCCCAGCCUGUGGCAGCCCCGGCGUACCCACAGCAUUGAGUGUCCCUUCCCCCUGCCAGUCCUGUGCUAAGGGCUUUGCCUGCUUUGACUACCUACUGGAGCACCAGCGAGUCUACACUGGCCAGCGCCCCUUCACCUGCCCGCUCUGUGGCAAGGCCUCCAGCCUACUGCCAUAUCGCCACGUGGAUAGGCGCUGUUUCAGUAAACACAAAAUGCUGGAAGGAAUGGGUAACGUUUCGGGUAGAGACCCUUCUUAGUCUCAACCCAAAACGUCACGCAUUCCUCUCCAGAGAUGCUGUCUAUUCCACUGAGUUACUCCAGCACUUUUUUGUAAAUCAGCAUCUGCAGUUCCUUGUUUUUAAACUAUUCUGGUUAACCAUCUCUGCACCUUCCCCAAAGCCUCCACAUCAGUCCUGCAGAGUCUACCCCCGCCCCACAUUCUCCCUCCACCAUACCUGACAACUAGUUCGAUUUUAUCAUUUUUGCUGAUUUUUAAGUUAAAAAUGUGUGAAAAAUCAGAACAGUAUGAUUUUGAAAUAAUAAGGGGGAAAGAUGGAAAUAAAAAUGUAUUGCGAUAUCAGCAAACCCUUUUGGAGAAUAAGCAACAUUCAAACUAUAGAUGGCAUUAUCAACCUAGAACGUACAUGGGCGUGCGGGAUCGACGCCUCAGUUGUGAUGAAGAUAGCGGUGCCUCUCCUGUACUUGGACUCUCCUGCUGCAGCUUCACCUCCUCCUCCUCAUCGUCGGCUGGGUAGCACCCGCCGACUUGCCGACCCGCCGCUUCAAGUACAAAUACAGCUUCAAGGUCAAAGAUGAUUUCCUUUCAUUUAGGCUCUGAGGUACCUGAUCAUGUUUAUUUGUCAAGAAACAUUGGCUGUUCCACUGAUGAGUCAGGUGAUGUUUGAAUGGGCUGCUGGGUUGUUUGGUAGAUGUCUUUGUCCUUUAGCUGUUUACUCUCUGUUUCUGUGUACUGUUGGGGCAUCCUGAAAAUUCCUCAACUUUCAAUAGUCAUAGCCAAUUGGUACAAUUUUUCACAGAUGCUUUGAGCUUUUCCUCUUUGCAUGUGAUCUCUUUUUCUUGGCAUUACUGGGAAUGUUAUUUAUGUUUAUGAUUCUGGUGUUGGGCAGAUAACUGUUUGGCAUUUUGAAUGGAGCUGACUGAGUGUAAUCAUGGCUUUGUUGCUGAGGAUGCUGGCCUGGGAAAGGGUACUGAUGUUGGAAUUGGAAGAUUUUGCAGAGGAAGUUGGAAAAAGUUCCUUUUAUAACAACUAAACAGGUUCGCUUCUUAAUACACAGACAACUCACAAACGUUUGGUAGACCAGUUCAAAACUUUACUUAUUAUCGGCCGAUGGAAGGGAGGGAGAACUCUAGUCAAAUUAGCAAUAUAGACACUUCACUAACCUCAUCCGCUUCCUCUAACAACAGAAUUACAUUGUAUUAUAUUGUGUUUUUUCGUCACCUUAGAACAUUUCACAAACAUUAGUCAUGGUCAGAGGUACAGGAAAUAAAAGUUUCUACAGAAUGCAUCACAUCAAAGGCAUUGUGUCAUAUGGUACAAGAUAUCUUACAUAUUAAAGACAUUGGCCAUUUGUUAAUACCCCUUAGAUCAAUCUAGUUUCCUCUCUCGUCACUUCCUCCCUCACAGACAUCGGACAUUUGGUGCAAGGCAUUUUACAUAUCAAAGACAUCAGGCAUUUGUCAUUACCCCUUAGUGAGAUCAAUCUAGCUUCUUCUCUGCUUCCUCUCUCGUCAAUGAUAUUGGUAUGUUAGCUUUCAUUGCAAAAGGAUUUGAGUAUAGGAGCAGGGAGGUUCUACUGCAGUUGUACAGGGUCUUGGUGAGACCACACCUGGAGUAUUGCAUACAGUUUUGGUCUCCAAAUCUGAGGAAGGACAUUAUUGCCAUAGAGGGAGUGCAGAGACGGUUCACCAGGCUGAUUCCUGGGAUGUCAGGACUGUCUUAUGAAGAAAGACUGGAUAGACUUGGUUUAUACUCUCUAGAAUUUAGGAGAUUGAGAGGGGAUCUUAUAGAAACUUACAAAAUUUUUAAGGGGUUGGACAGGCUAGAUGCAGGAAGAUUGUUCCCGAUGUUGGGGAAGUCCAGGACAAGGGGUCACAGCUUAAGGAUAAGGGGGAAAUCCUUUAAAACCGAGAUGAGAAGAACUUUUUUCACACAGAGAGUGGUGAAUCUCUGGAACUCUAUGCCACAGAGGGUAGUUGAGGCCAGUUCAUUGGCUAUAUUUAAGAGGGAGUUAGAUGUGGCCCUUGUGGCUAAGGGGAUCAGGGGGUAUGGAGAGAAGGCAGGUACGGGAUACUGAGUUGAUCAGCCAUGAUUAUAUUGAAUGGCGGUGCAGGCUCGAAGGGCCGAAUGGCCCACUCCUACACCUAAUUUCUAUGUUUCUAUGUCACUUGGUAGACAAAUGUUAGUCAUUCAUUAUCUCAAUACACAGCAACCUGAGGCAAACCUAAACUUGCCUUUGUGUAUUAAUCUACUGGAGAAAAGCCCGAUUUGGGACAAAAUAUAAGCUGUAAGCUUUUCUUAUAUUUUGUAUAUCUCAAAAGAACGCAGGUAUGCUCCCCUCUAUCCCCCCCCCCCCCCCCCCCC